GAUUCUCCUUAAUAUGGCUAUCCACAGAUUUUAAUUUUACUGCUGCAUUUAGGGCAAAUUAAAACCCAAUAGUGCUUUUGAGGAGAUUUAAACACUGUGAUGGAGCACUAACGUUUAAUAGAUACUGAGUGGGGUAUGAGUCAGGCUGAGAUUUAAGACAUGGAUUUUGCCCCCUCUAGUGGAUUGUUAAAGAUAAUAUUAGAGUCACUUCACCCACUCUGUGUAUGAUGCCAUCUAAACAAUGAAACAACACUAGAUUCACACAAAAUAAUCUAAAAUAUUGUUUAAGAUCCAAGAAAGAUCGUCUAUAAUCUUAAAGAAUAAGGACAAUUGUUGCACUGCCAGACAGUCUGAGGUUCUUUCCCCCCCCCCUUCAUUAAAUGGUCAUAAAGUUGAAAGAUAUUACAUUUGUCUGGUAAAGGUCAUUGUUUAAGUUGAUUAAGCAUAGAAGGAAGAAAUAUAUUGACAACAAAUAGUCAUCAAAUGACUCAAAAUCAUUUAAAUCUUUCAAGAUAUUCCAGUGCAUUAAAAAUAUAUCUAGAUAUUAUGUGUAUGCGUGCAAUAUAUUUAAAGUUAUGAUAAAUUGACGGGAAAUGUGCUUACAUUUUCACCUCUUUAUUGCAGAAACGUUUAAGGCAUUGAUUAUUAUCAUUACUACUAUAAUUAAUAAUAUUUUAACUACACAUUCAUGAAACAAAACGAAAUGGGAAAACAAUCUUUUCAAAAAUCCCCAAAUCUUCAACAAACAUUCAGUUAUAUUUAUACUAAAGCCAAAAAAUAUAAACAAAAAACCCAGAUUUAUGAUAAAUAUACGACUGCAAAAAUAUGACUGCUACAAUUCCUAUAAAGCUUAAAUAUUAAAGUUAAAUUUAAACAAGUGUCAAGCUUAAAAUGAACGAUAAAUUGAGUCUUUUUGCGACAUAAAAUAGGUUUCAUGCUGUUUCAUGAUACAGUUUACACAGAACUGGGCGCGGUGCAGGGUGCAACCAAAUCGGAUCGAUUACAGUAAUCUACCGACUGCCAUAACGUGUAGCAACUGUCGCAAACCCCUGACUGUCGUGAAUACUGGCCGCCCACUGAAGAUGGCGGCGGAGCUGCAUCCGCGGAGCGGAAAGCUGAUCGGCCUGUCCAACUCGAACCGAACCGCCCGGCGCAACCAGCCAGUGCAGGAGUUCAACCACGGCCUGGUGCUGAGCAAGGAGCCGCUGAGGGACAGGGAUGUCUUCACCGUCCGUAUUGACAAAAAGGUGAACUCGUGGAGCGGAUCCAUCGAGAUCGGGGUGACGGCGCUGGACCCCGCCGCGCUGGACUUUCCCAGCAGCGCCACGGGCCUCAAGGGCGGCUCCUGGAUCGUGUCGGGCUGCUCGGUGCUGCGCGACGGGCGCUCGGUUCUGGAGGAGUACGGCCGUGACCUCGAUCAGCUAGCCGAGGGCGACCGCGUGGGCAUUCAGCGCAGCUCCCGCGGCGAGCUUCACCUCUGGGUAAACGGGCAGGACUGCGGUGCGGCCGCCAGCGGCUUGCCGCCCAAGCUCUGGGCAGUGGUGGACCUGUACGGCAAGUGCACUCAGGUGACGGUGGUGAGCUGUGAGCCGCCGCCGGCCUCGACGGAGAAAGAGACAAUAGAGCAGGACGAGGAGGUAGAGGAUGAGGAUGAGGAGGAGGAGGAGGAGGAGGAAGAAGAGGAUGUGGUGUGUGGGAGUCGGGAGGAUGGGGGGAUCACGGCACUGAUGAAUGUCGCAGCAAUGAAUGGAAUGAUGAAUGGAGAUGAAGUGCCUGAGCUUAGCUGCAGUCACACCAGACCAGACAAGUUCCCCAACAACCUGGAGCCGGACACGGUUCUAACGGAGCACCAGCUCUUUGACGUGUUCAACAACGCAAUAGUAUCUUUUUAUCGCUCCGAGGAUGAGGGCGGAGGGGAAGAUGGUGGAGGCGGAGGAGGAGCAGGAGGUGGAGUAGGAAAUUCAGGAUCUGACUCCUCUUCCAGAAAUGACAGGGGGAGCAGCAGCGGAGGAGGUGCAGUCAGCAGCGACAGUGGAACAGGGACAACAGGAGGAGGUGGUCCUGGAGAAGGUGAAAAUACCAACAACAGUCCUGCCGGUAACGGAGGGGUCGGGCUGGCGGCCGUCAUCGGCGCAAUGACCACCAAUGACGCGCUGCUGUUCCACGAGAAAUGCGGCACGCUGAUCAAACUGAGCAACAACAACAAGACGGCGGAGCGGAGGAGACCGCUGGACGAGUUCAACAACGGUGUGGUGAUGACCAACCGGCCGCUCCGACACAACGAGAUGUUUGAGAUCCGCAUUGAUAAGCUGGUGGACAAGUGGUCAGGCUCAAUAGAGAUCGGUGUGACCACACACAAUCCCAACAACCUGGACUAUCCUGCAACUAUGACCAAUCUGCGCUCAGGUACAAUCAUGAUGAGUGGCUGCGGGAUACUGACCAACGGGAAAGGAACCCGCAGGGAAUACUGUGAAUUCAGCCUCGAUGAACUUCAGGAGGGAGAUCACAUAGGGUUGAUGCGCAAAGCCAGUGGAGCGCUCCAUUUCUACAUCAACGGCAUCGACCAAGGUGUUGCGGCAGCCCAGACCCCCGGCGUGGUCUACGGCGUGGUCGACCUCUACGGCAUGGCCGUCAAAGUCACCAUAGUGCACAACCACAACCACAGUGACCGCCUCAGACGCAACAACGCCAUCAUGAGGGCUUUAUCGCCUGAUGUCGGGCGGCCCAGGCCGGCUCUCUCCGUCACUCCAGACUCGGAGGGGCCCGACCGGCUGCUCUUCCAUCCCAACUGUGGCCAGAAGGCCGCCAUCAUCAGUGACGGCAGGACAGCGCUGCGGCCACAUGCGACUGAUGACUUCAACCACGGUGUGGUCCUGAGCAGCCGGCCGCUGCGCUCCAACGAGGUGUUCCAGGUCCGUAUCGAUAAGAUGGUGGACAAGUGGGCGGGUUCCAUCGAGAUUGGUGUCACAACACAUAACCCUGCAUACCUGCAGCUGCCCUCCACCAUGACCAACCUGCGCUCAGGGACGUGGAUGAUGACGGGGAACGGCGUAAUGCACAACGGAACAACAAUACUGGAUGAGUACGGACACAACCUGGACCGGCUCAAGGCAGGCGAUACAGUUGGUGUCGUGCGAAAAGAAGACGGCAGCCUCCACUUCUUUGUGAACGGUGUGGCUCAGGGCCCGGCAGCCUGGAACGUCCCUCCCAGUGUCUAUGCCGUGGUGGACCUCUAUGGCCAGGCUGCUCAGGCCACCAUCAUGGACGACAUGGUGGACCUCCUGCCUCUCCCAGAGGACAGCUCAGAGUGCCCCAUGGCCAUGUCCCCCGGGAGCCCCUGCUCGGUAGGAGGGGCCAGCACCACCAACGACCUGCGUUUCCACCACCUGCACGGCACCAAUGCCGUCAUCACCAAUGGGGGGCGCACCGCCCUGCGUCAGAACUGCCGCAGCGAGUUCAACGAUGCUAUUGUCAUUUCCAACAGGUGCCUUCGAGAUGGAGAGCUCUUCGAAAUCAUCAUUCAGAAGAUGGUGGACCGCUGGUCGGGUUCAAUUGAAGCAGAUUUUCUCCUCCCCCCUCUGUGUCCAGGAGUGACAGCCAUCAGGCCAGAUGAGCUUGAGUUUCCCAACACUAUGACUGAUAUCGACUAUGACACUUGGAUGCUGAGUGGAACGGCCAUCAUGCAGGAUGGUAACACAAUGCGCAACAAUUACGGUUGUGACCUAGACUCCCUGACCACAGGCUCUCGCAUUGGUAUGAUGCGCUCAGCCAGCGGCGACCUCCAUUAUUACAUCAACGGUGUGGAUCAAGGGGUCGCCUGCACCGGCCUGCCACCAGAGGUGUAUGCCGUGAUCGACCUGUAUGGUCAGUGUGUUCAGGUGUCCAUCACCAGCUCCUCAGGCCCGCUGGACAACAGCCUCUGUACCAGCAACAUCACGGAGAAAAGCUUCCCCAUCCACUCACCAGCAGCUGGCGUUGCCCAUCGACUCCACAGUAAACACGGCAAGAACGUGGUUCUGCUCGGCGACGGCUGCCAGGGCGUCAGAGUUGGAGGUUACGCUCACGGCAUUGUGUUCAGUGCGAAGGAACUCAAAGCAGACGAGCUGUUUGAGGUGAGGAUUGACGAAGUGGACGAGCAGUGGUGCGGUUCGCUGCACGUCGGUCUGACCACGCUGGCGCCUCCGGAGCUGCCGUCCUGCCCGCUGUCGGGUCUCUCCCCCUCCCUCCCGCAGCUCCGCACCAAGGUCACCUGGCUGCUCUGCGGCUCCGAGGUCCGUCGCAACGGUGUGCUGCAGCGCCAGAACUACGGCUGUUCACUGGACCGGCUGACGGUUGGGAACCGCGUGGGUGUGAAGAGGUGCAGUGACGACACCAUGCACAUCUUCAUUGAUGGAGAAGACAUGGGACCUGCAGCGACUGCAGUAGCCAAGAAUGUUUAUGCUGUUUUGGACCUGUAUGGGCGGAUAACAGCGGUGUCCAUCGUGAGCUCUUCAUUGAUGGAGGACAUGGAAAGCGUCAAGGCGCCAUCGCUCUCCUCAGACAGCUGCAGCGAAGGAGAGGAGGACAGCACCCCCGUCAAAGAGGUCGAGACCGAGCCGUGCGCGUUAGUGCCGACCGUUAUGGCGUUCCUGGAAAACCACGGCAAAAACAUCCAGCUGUCCAACCAGAACCUGACGGCAGCCAGAGUAUCCAGCUAUAACCAGGGCCUGCUGGUCACCGCCCAACCGCUGGCUCGCCAGCAGCUGUUCCAGUUUCAAAUCGACCGUCUGAACCCGUUAUGGACGUCGUCGCUGUCGUUGGGGGUCAUAGGUCACUCGCCCGACCGGCUCAACUUCCCCUCCACAGCGUGUUGUCUGAAACGCUCCGCCUGGCUGCUGCAGAGAGACUCUGUCUUCCACAACUCCCUAAAGAUAUGUGAAAACUACGGCCCUAAUCUGGACACUUGUCCAGAGGGGACGGUGUUGGGUCUGCUGGUGGACGCCAACAGUUGUCUCCACCUCUACGUCAACGGCAUGGACCAGGGUGUGGCGGUGCAGGACAUUCCUUCACCCUGCUACCCCUUUAUCGACCUCUAUGGCCAGUGUGAACAGGUUACUAUAGUAACAAACAACGUGCCAGCUGUUGGUGGAGAGAGCGGUGAGACACGUUGUCAGGGCGACAUGGAGAAGGCGGACAUGGUUGACGGAAUCAAAGAGAGUGUGUGCUGGACGCCCCCUCCAGAAGUCAACCCCAACAAGACGUGUGAAUACCAGGCACUGUGCUCACGCUUCAAGGACCUGCUCACUCUACCAGAUGGCUAUUUUAACGAAGAAGCGAAGUACAACCUUUGCUACUGUGAGUCCUGCCACAAGCUUCGGGGUGACGAGGCUUAUUACAAGAGAGGAGAACCGCCCCGGGACUACGCCCUGCCCUUUGGAUGGUGCCGCUUCGCCCUCAGGAUCAAGCCCCACUGUGAGGUUUCUAAUGCACUGAAGAAGUGGCACAUCGCGUACCACGGCACCAGUGUCGGAGCCCUGCGGCGCACGCUGGACCACAGCCAGCUGCUGCCUGGGACGUCGUCUAUCUUCUCGGUGUCCCCGGUGAAGGCGGAGGGGCCGAAUGGCUACAGCGAGCCAGAGGAGAACAGCGCCCCCGGCAGGGAGGUCCCCAGAGUGCGGCUCUCCCCCACUAUGCGCUACUCCGGCAUGGAGAUCUUUGCCCCCAAAGUGCAAUUUCGGGACCCCCGUUCUGACCGCAGCCACCAGGCUCAGGUGGGAUUCCAGGUGUGCGUGCGUCCAGGCUCCUACAAGGUGGGGCCGCAGACUCUUGGCCACAGCGAGCCCCUGGACCCUCGCUUCAGCAACUCGGAGAUCGAAUGGAUCACGAAGGAGCAGGGCGGCACGCUCCUCUACGGACUGCUCAUCCGGAUCGAGUAACUGGAGCGACAGGGGGAGGCAUUCGGGUGGAAAUGUGGAGGGUCUGUGUGGCGCUCCUCGUACUUUCAAUAAACUGACAACCAAAUCCAAACCCCUGCCUUGAGAGAGAGACUCCUCUGGAAUCCAGCUGUUCCAACCGUGGAUUGUUGACAAUUCAGCAUUAUUUUUGUUUAUUUUGUUGUUUUUUUCGGUUGUUUGCUCUUGGACUCUUUUAAAGGCCGGGGGCUACGGCGGUUUCAAAGAACGACGGACACUGCCUGCACUUUAUGUUUUGGACACUCGUGGGCGAUUUUUAAACUAACUUCUCAUUGACUCGAAACAACACGUUUGUUCAUUCGCUACAUUUAGGGUUGGUUUUCUUUGCCACAUUUAUUUUUCCCCCAUUCCCAACAUAUUUUUCACACACAAACAGCUCAUUUUUUUCUUUAUCUUUUGGCACUUAUUUUUGUAUCACUUAUCACCUCUACUCUGGUCAGUGUUUUUUUUUUUUAAUUUGGGAGGAGCUGUCCCCUGCCAACCUGCACGUUAAAGGACUAUCACUGAAAAAGACUGAAACGUGGGUAAAAAAAAUGUAAAAGAAAAAGAGACACACUUGAAUCUGAGAAUGAACCCAAGAGUGAUCGUGACUUCUUUAGUGGGGGAAGAUUUUAAAAAACUGGAGGAAGAAAAAAAUGUUUACACGUGUACGACUGUAUGUUGAUUUCUCUUUUGUGUCUCCGCAUUAGCAGUCCGGCUACUUUAUCAGUCCCUGUUGCGUUUCUAUCGUGGCCCAGCAACACGUGUGACCCGUCUUGUCAAAUGGAAAACAUUCACAGGCUUUAAGCUGUGGAGAAAACUGGAAGAUUUGACAGAAAAAAAUGUACAUUUUUGGGGGAAAUCUAAAAGUUGUGCAUUGAGAUGACGAAUGGCAAGUGACGUUCAAGCCUGAUUGUUUCACCAGAGGGGACACAUCAGAAGAUAUUUAAGAAUACAGAUAUUUACUUUUAGACGUGGUAGUUUUUGAUACAGGACAAAGGGGGGGAAAAUAAAAGUUAAACAUUUUUAAGAAAUUAGAUUAUUCCCUUUCUUGCAGAGUAAGAUGAGAUUGAUGCCACUCUCACGUGUGAGUGGUGUCAAUCUUCUCAUCUGGCAAAGUAUUGGCAAGAAAGCGAAUAUCCCAUAAUGUUGAACUCGUAAAAUGUUGAAUGAACUGAAGCCAAAAGGUUUAAGUGGUUUUCCCACAUCACUCCCGCUGUUUCACUUCCCCGUCAUCGUUUACGCCAGAUCCACUCUCGCCUCCACUCUGAUGGAUCCAUCAGUCAUGUCCGACUCCGUUUACCCGGCGGGACGUCCGGAGCCGACGACAUGUAGUUUCUAUCUGCAUCCCACCACCUGAGCUGGUGUUUACAUGUGAAUGUUACUCAUUACGGCUCUUCAGUUCUGUCAUGUCGACUAACAUCAUUGAUUUUCAUUAGUCAAAUGUUUGUAUGAGGGUUUUACUUAAUCCCAAGAACAUCCACCUAAUGAUUGAUUGUAUGUGAAUAGCUUUCCAAAGCGUAUCUUUUUCACAGUUCUCAGUUCUGAUGCCUAUUUGAUAAACCUGCGACACACGAACAUGAAACCCCCAACAUUUUUCAAGGCACAGUUUUGAUGAGUCAAACUCAAAAAGAAAAUGUAAUUGAAGAAGCUGAGUCGCCUUCGAAGAGCAGCUGUGAUCUGACUGGCGGAGGAUCUACGGGGUUUGGCAGAAGGAAAAACUUCCAAUCAAAAAAGAAAAUGUGAAAAAUAUGAUUAUAUGGGUUAUUUACAGCCCAGUGCUGCUUUGUACAAUUUUAUUUGUAUUGUGUUCUUAAUUUGUUUUCUGUAUGUUGCGUUGUACAGGCUGUUACAUAAAAAAAAUCAUAUCUUCCUGAUUUAUAAAAAAUAAUAAUAAACUGACAGACAGUAUGCACAGAAGGAUGGUGGAAGUUGUUUUUGUGAUACGAGCCGGUAAGCAAGAAAGAUGCUAAGAAGACAAGACGACCUACUGGUGCUUUAGGUUACUUUUUUAAAUUUUUUUUAUUGAAUUUAGAAUAGCAAAAUUGUCGUAGAGAAGUACAAUAAAGACAACACUUUUUUGGAAGCUCUCCAGGAGAAGCAUGAGGACGACCUGGCUGACUCCGGAGGAUGGGUCUCUGGAGGUCAGGGCUAUA